GAGCUACAGAAACACAAAGAGACAGCAAGUUCUGUACGACACACAGAGAAAGAAAGCAGAGAGAGAGAGAGAGAGAGAGACACUAUAGACUCUGUGGUGUGUUUUGGAGUUUUUUUAAAGUUUGCUGCUACAGUUGAAGGAGAGAAAGACAGUUAACAUACAGAUUCAUUUAAAGGAGUGCUACUUUUGGUGGAACAUAAAAAGAUGUUGCCUGCCUCCUCCCUCCCGCUCCUCCCCCUCCUCCUCCUCUCCCUCCUCUCCCAGCCCUCCGAAGCCAGCAGUAACAGCACUCCAGCCCCGGGCUGCGGGGCGGGCCUGGACCCGGUUUACUCUUACCUGUGCGACACGCAGGCCAGCUGGGGCAUCGUCCUGGAAACGGUGGCAGCGGCCGGCGUGGUGGUCACCCUGGCCCUGAUCAUCACCUUGCUGGGCACCGUCCCGUUCGUCUCCAACGCCAAGAAGCUGGGCAGCGUGGCCGUGCAGCUCUACCUGCUGCUGGGCACUCUGGGGCUGUUCGGCCUGACGUUCGCCUUCAUCAUCCAGGCGGACCAGCGCACCUGCCCGACCAGAGUCUUCCUCUUCGGAGUGCUCUUCACCAUGUGCUUCUCCGCGCUGGUCGCUCAUGAAGUCCGCCUGCUGGGGCUGGUGCGGAGGGAGCGGACCCCGAUCGGGGGCUGGGCGGCUCUGGGGAUCGCGCUGGGGCUGACCCUCGUGCAGGUGGUCAUCGCGGUGGAGUGGCUGCUGACCGUGCUGGUGCGAGACGGCAAUCCCUGCUUCUACAGCCAGGGGGAGUUCGUGAUGCUUCUCAUCUACGUGAUGUUCCUGAUGGCGCUGGGUCUGGUCCUGGCCGUGUUCGCGUUCUGUGGGACUCACGGGAAAUGGAAGAAGCACGGCUGCUUCGCGUUCGUGACGCUGCUGCUGUCGCUGAUGAUCUGGGUGGUGUGGAUCGUGAUGCUGACCCGGGGGAACCCGGAGCUGGGGAAGAGGCCCCUGUGGGACGACCCCGUGUUGAGCAUCGCUCUGGUGUCCAACGCCUGGGUGUUCCUGGUGUUCUUCGUGGCUCCAGAGCUGCACUUUCUCAGCAGGAAGGGGAAGGAGAGGGUGUGGGAGGAGCCCGCCUCGUCUCUGCCCACGCUGACCUACAAGAAGCACGGCGUGGACAACCAGGUCUACCUGCCCGACAACCGCGGCGCCGCUGAAUCUCCCUACGCAACUGCGAUGCCAAUGGAGAAUUUGAGACCCAAACCGGACUUCACAAUCCCGCGCCCCCAAACCACUGCUUCAGCGGAACACCCCUACAGCGACUACUACGGGAGACAUAUAAACAGCCCUGAAUAAUAACUUACUGAGAUACACUGAGAUACACUGAGAUACACACACGGAGACACACACACACGCACACACAUUGACACACACUGAGACACACACACACACUGACACACACACACAGAUACACUGAGACACACACACGGAGACACACACACACUGAGACACACACACUGACACACACUGAGACACACACACACACACACUGAGACACACACACAGAUACACUGAGACACACACACACAUUGACACACACUGAGACACACACACACUGAGACACACACACACACAUUGACACACACACACACACAUUGAUACACACACACACACACUGAGACAUACACACACACACACACACACACACACACACUGAGACACACUGAGACACACACACACACACUGAGUCACACAGACACACACACACUGAGACACACACACACACACACACACACUGAGACACACUGAGACACACACACACACACACACUGAGACACACACACACUGACACACACUGAGACACACACACACACACUGAGACACACACACACAUUGACACACACACACACUGAGACACACACACACACACUGAGACACACACACACACAUUGACACACACACACACACACUGAGACACACACACACUGAGAUACACACACACACAUUGACACACACACACACACACACACUGAGACACACACACACACACAAAGAGACACACACACACGCACACAUUGAGACACACACACACACACGCGAGCUGAAACAAUAUUUCUAUCUAACCUCUAACCCUGAUUCUAAAAUCCCGAAACCUGAUUCUGCCUCAGAUCAAUCAAUGUUUGAUUCAUUGCAAUUAUCGAAUGUUAAACGUUGUAAAAACAAAACAUAAAAGUGAAGUAGAAGGGUGUUAAGUGUUUAAAAAGACCCGCGUUGAGACGGACAGCCGGAGCAUUUCACACAGGCGACUGAUGAAGAGGAGACUGCAAAACGCACCGCGGCUUCUUACCGCUAGAGGGCAACACAUAACUCACAGCGGCUCUUAUAUGGCGCUGCCGUGGAUUUCCCGAGCAGAAGCGCAGCGCUCAAACUCACCUGGUAACAACGUCAUCCAGCGAUCAUGUGACCAAGGCAAGCGGGGAGAGACCGAGAUUAGUGACGUCAGAGGCACCUUCAAAUGACAGUUCAAAACAAAUGCAACGUCAAUAAUAAUUAUUAUUACCAUGUGACAGGGUCGUAGUCUUACUUUUUUUUUAAUUGAAUUUGUUAAUUAUAAUUGUAUUAAAAAUGAUCUUAAUCCUACACGGGUCCUUAUCCCAAAUUGUAUUCCACUAGUAUUUGUAUUGCUAUAAACGACACUGUGUUUCAGUAUGAAGCUUGCAUUUCAACUCUGUCUGCGCUGCCCUGUGACAGCUGCGUGACUCGCCCAAUACGUCAUAAUAAUGUGAAAAGGCGUGUAUAUGGAUAUAUAGGACUAUAGGACUGAUGACUGUAUGUUAAUUAGUAACCCGUUUCAAUUGAUUAUGUUAUAAGCUAGGGUUACCAUAUGGCUCCAGAUUAGCCGGACGCUGUGAGACAGAACGGGAUUUCAAACUUGCCCCUAAAUUGAAAUAAAUGAAGGUGUAAAUGAACCAUCCUUCGCUACAAUUAAGAAUGGUGCUUAAAUACCCGCAGGCGCGUCAAAUAACCUAGAAUAUUGUGUUCAGUUCUGGUCACCUCGUUACAAAAAGGAUAUUGCUGCUCUAGAAAGAGUGCAAAGAAGAGCAACCAGAAUUAUCCCGGGUUUAAAAGGCAUGUCGUAUGCAGACAGGCUCAAAGAAUUGAAUCUAUUCAGUCUUGAACAAAGAAGACUACGCGGCGAUCUGAUUCAAACAUUCAAAAUCCUAAAAGGUAUAGACAAUGUCAACCCAGGGGACUUCUUUGACCUGAAAAAAGAAACAAGGACCAGGGGUCAUAAAUGGAGAUUAGAUAAAGGGGCAUUCAGAACAGAAAAUAGGAGGCACUUUUUUUACACAGAGAAUUGUGAGGGUCUGGAACCAACUCCCUAGUAAUGUUGUUGAAGCUGACACCCUGGGAUCCUUCAGGAAGCUGCUUGAUGAGAUUCUGGGAUCAAUAAGCUACUAACAACCAAACGAGCAAGAUGGGCUGAAUGGCCUCCUCUCGUUUGUAAACUUUCUUAAAUAAUUGUAUUAUACCAAGAAUGAAUUGCAGCCAGUCGCUAUUUUUUUCUGUUUGUUAAAAUUCAAUCGCCCAUAUUAUUCUGCAAAUACAAUCUCAUCAUCAUCUCGUUGCUCUAUCGAUAAAUUAGCUAUUCGUUCAUUAAGAUCUGAUCAGAAGCAGCUGAUCAGUGUGAAUUGUUUGCUGCGCCCAAGCAAUUCCACCACAGCAGGAUUAAUCUCAGCAAAGGUGGAGCUCAUUUAUACGUGAAUUACUUUCAAUUUAGGGGGGAUUUUGAAAUCCCGGUCUGUCUCAAAACGUCCGCUUAAUCUGAAGCCACAUGGUAACCCUAUAUAAGCGUCUCUUCGUGAACUAUAAAUCACAAACACAGGAGCUUCUGAUCAAACUAUACAAAGCUGACCAGUAUCGGCGUUGUAGUUUUUUUAAUCUUCCGUUUAACUGUAAAGGUAAUUUAUUAAACUGAUUUUUUAAAAAUUAAA